AUGGCCAACUCAUUCUCGGCGUGGCCUUGGUCGACUUCAAUCAUCUGGUCGGACCUCGUGUCGAAUUUUCCCGUGGAGAAAUAUUUGAAGACGAAGAGGUCUCCAAGAUACUCCCCUUCCUCGCUUUGCCAGAUGGCGCACACAUGGUACAUUCACCUCCCCACACAAUACCACCCUUAUAACCCGACAACCACACAGAGCGCAGAAGACUACUCUUACUUCCACCUCGUCAAACCCGGACCAAACCCAACCACAAUAUUCGGAAUCUCAUGCAAUCAACAAAUUGCUGCAUCCCUGUUAUUGAACAAACCGGAUGAUGUGACCCGCUCGACUGUGCAAAAGGCGGUGGUGGUGCUGGCAUCAAAACCCGUCUUUGGGCCAAUUCGGUACGCUCACUUCCCCAUUGAGGUUGGAAAUGACUUGACUGAUUGCUACUUGGACAGUGAAAAGUUACGAGUGGUGACAACGGCGUUAUUUGCACAACGGGACUUCAGCGACUACAGCAUCUUGGAUGACUUUGCGUCAACAUUAGAGCUGUCAUUGCAUGGGCAGCUGACGGAGAGUGGACUUUACAUGGGAACCAGCCUGCGUGAACUCGUUCAUACCUUCAGACAGAAGACCUUGGUGUUACUCAAGGCGCUAAUCCUCCAAAAACGGAUCAUGUUCUACGGAUACCCUGUGGAGAAGCUCUGCACCUUCCAAUAUUCCCUAGUAUCACUCCUUCCAGGUCUCCUACAGAACCUUGACGACUGCGGAUCACCACCUCUCGCCAACCGCGCACAAACUCUGUCAAAACCCAAUUCACUAAAGACUUCGGAUCGGAAGAGUAUGAUGGCGUUUAUGGGACUUCCGUUGGACCUAUUUGGCCAGGAUGCACUUUUCCAGCCCUACCUCCCAUUGCAGCAGCUCGACAUGCUGAAGGAUACGCCUAGCUGGCUCUGUGGAUGCACCAACUCGAUUGUGACACAGCAGAAAGAAAUUGAUUUGUUAGUUCACACGGAAACAGGCGUGUUCGAAUUCCGCGAUCCUCAGUUGGAACGUUCGGCGGGUCUGACUCCAGCUGAUCGUAAAUGGAUGGACGAUAUCAUUCGGGAUGUUAAUGAAGGUUGGGAUCAGGAUGAUCCCACUAAACCCCAUGGGAUGAAGUUUGUUGGUAGUGAUGAUUAUUUGCGGUCCAAGUUCGAGGAGUAUAUCCACGCUGCGCUGUCGACUGUCAAGUACAAGCAGUUUAUGGCCAAAGGUGAUGGAUCAGGUGUUAUCAUUACUGGUGGGGCAGCAAACGACGCGAAUGCGGUGGACGACUUCAAUCCUUUGUGGAUAGCCGAGUUCAAGAAGACGCGGGCGUAUGAAGUUUGGGAACGUGUGACUGAUCCUCUCUUGUUCGAUAUUGUGGAACCUCGUCAUCCUUGCAACGAGAAACCAUCCGUCGUAGCAGACCUCGGUCUCCGAUUCCAAGAAGGCAUCCAAGACCUCAAGCUUGAACAAUCACUCGCGCCCGCUCGAGAAGCCGUCGCACGUACCUUCGCCACAGGAUCAACCAACCUCCUCAAGGCAGUCGAAGGCGUACGUGGACGCUGGGCUGCCCAACGGUCCCCUAGCUCCAGUUCGAGCGUACCAGCAGCCUCUAGCACCGGUACCUCGCUCAACGGUUCCAGGGCCAGCACACCCCCAGUCGAAGUCUCCAAAUCUGAUGUCGAAGGAGAGGAAGCUCCCAAAACGGCCACCCAAACCAGCUUUCUCCGUCCUUUCUCGUUUACGACCAAGUCAUUCUCGGCUCUGACCUCGCCUAAUCCUGAUAAAGCGGCUGCGGGAGCCCCGUCGGCUGGCGCGAACUCUUCUGGCUCUGUUUCAGCGUCGCCUGCUUCGUCGCCUGGUCCCGCGUCAGGAGGGGAUAGACCACCGAGUGGAGCGACGAGCCCGUUGGCCGGGUGGGGCGCGAAUUUCAAUUCGAUAGGAUCAUUCUUGUCCGAGAAGGCUUCGAGGGUUUCGUUGGGGAGAGGAUCGGUUUCGCAGCAGGGUCAGGCUUCACCUCCGCCCCAACCGCAGGGAGGGGACAGGAAUUCGACGGGGAGUGUUAAUGGCGUUGUUGAUGCUACGGCGACGAAACCGGCACCUUCGAGGGCGUUCUCGACGUGGAGCAGUUUGAGCGCGUUGGUUUCGCCGCCGCCUGUUUCGAACGAUGUGGCGCCCAAGUUGGAUGCAUCACCUCUUCCCCCGCCUCCUGCUCCUGUGCAGAGCCAAAGUGCUACAAGUGAAGCCAAAGAGGGGAAGGAGCUCAAGGUCGAAGAGACUACGGCCAAAGCGGAGGAGGUGAAAGUUCCGACGAAGGCUGAGCCUGAAGUCCAACCAGUGAAAGCUGAAACUUCAGAUGCGUCCAAAACAGCAUCAGGUCCGAAGGAACCUUCCGCUGACGAGAAGGCGUCCGUGGAGGAUUUCAAGUUUGACGCGAUAUAA